GAAGGGAUGGAACAAAAAUUGUUUUGAUUAAUGAACUAUCAGUACUAUGGAUAGAAAUGCUAUGAAAAUUCAUCAUUAGAUAACAUGAUCAAACAUGGAAAAUCCAGGUUGAAAAGCGACUGAGCAUCUCUGCCUUAUGCUAUCUACAUAUCUUGGGGAAUAUUGGACACUGCCAUGGACUUAUUAAAGGAGGCCUGGUGCUCUUCCAGUUAUGACUCUCAAAAUCUUGGGGGCUCUGCUACAAGCUAGCUGCCGGAGACAGUUUCAGUAUGUCUAAUGUGGUUUGUGCAGAACACACUGAAAAUUAUUGCUGCGAUACUUACGUGAGGCCAACACUUUUCGUCUUAUCAGCAUGUGCUGUUGUACUUGUUGCAUGUCCACUGGUUGAACAUUAUUAUUCGAGAGUGUUACGUAAAAUAGAGAGUGAGAUAGGUGGAAUUUCAAGUAGCCUGAACCAACUUUCGAAGGUGACAGAAGAAUUGUCAGCCUCACAAAAAAACAUUGAAAAGCAAUUUGAGGAAACGCUGUCCAAAGGUCUUGAAGAAAGUAGGAAACAGAUUUGUAACAUGAAAAAAGAGUUGGAGGAAAUCAUCAAGAGAGUAGAGAGGAUGAUAUUCAAUGAAUUACAGAAAUAUGAUGCAGACAAAGUUGCAUUGCCAGAUUUUGCACUGGAAAACACAGGAGGAAGUGUCAUCACCACUCGCGGUACACAGACAAAACAGAUCAGUGUAUCAUUGAUGGGUACAUCACUCUGUACCCAGAAGAAUUUGCCCAAUCGUAUAAUACAGGCAAAUGUUUUGCCCGGUGAAUGCUGGGCUUUCCAUGGCAGUUCAGGCUCAGCAGCAAUUAAACUGAUUACAGAAAUUUAUGUGACAGCAGUGACCCUGGAGCACAUUCCUCAGGCCCUGUCACCAACAGGAGAAAGGACUAGUGCACCAAAAGAGUUUUCAAUAUGGGGUAUUACUUCAGUAGACAGUGAUGAAGAUGCUUUUUGUUUUGGUCAAUUUUUGUAUGAUCUGAAAGGACCACCAGUACAGACUUUUAAGGUCAAGUAUUAUAUGUACAGUCUUGUUCUGCAUCGAGAUGACUUACUUCCACAUAUGAAUCUGUGGAUAUCAUGUACAAUAAGUAAUAAAUAAGCUUGUGGCAACACAAUCAAACACUUACAAGACAUUCAUUGAAC